UAGAGAAAAUGCUUGGACGGAUUCAAAAACUCUGGUCAAUCCCGAGUUACACGACUCAACCACCGGCAGCGAUAGAGAGCGCAAAAGGAACGCAGAGGCUCGGUGUGUAAUACAAGCCUGCACACCACCAACCCACCACCGUCCAAUUUCUUUUUAAUUGAACCCUUUUACUCCCGCUCGCAGGCAGUGCUGCAGGACUAGGAUGACUGGGAAGACCCAGACCAGCAACGUGACCAACAAGAAUGACCCUCGCUCCCUCAACUCCCGCGUCUUCAUUGGCAACCUCAACACGGCUGUGGUAACCAAGGCCGACAUCGAGGCCAUCUUUGCCAAAUACGGAAAGAUUGUGGGCUGCUCUGUGCACAAGGGCUACGCCUUUGUUCAGUACGCCAGCAAGAGGAAUGCCAGGGCAGCCGUGGGUGGGGAGAACGCCAGGGUCAUCGCCGGACAACCACUAGGUAAAGUUCUUCAAAUGUGCAUCACUGAAUUCUGA